AUGUCACCGACGAUAACGGAAAUUUUGGGCAUCGCAAUUCCCACGAUCGGCGGCAAUCCGCAGACCAUGCAGACGCGGGACCAUCCGUUCAAUCGGUCCACCCGGCCGCUCCUGGAGCGUCGGGCCCAGCCGCAGGUGGUCAGCACCAAGAAGCACGGCAACGGCACGGCUGGCGGUGGCGGGGGCCACGUGCCGAAGGUGCCGGUCCGCGGUUACAAUGACUUCAACCUGAUCAGCCGUCAGUACGACGCGUGGAACUCAACCGACUCGCACAAAGGCUACCCGUACGGGAGUCCUCCGUCUCCGACGGGUGGUGACGGUGACCCCCAGCGGCACCACUUCCAAUUUUCCGAUCUGGAUGGGCGCCAGCGGGCUCAGCACUACCAGCGGACGGUCAAUCAGUACACCGUCAACAGCAACAACAGCGAUGACGAUGACUACGACGAGCUGGUCUACCACCACAACCAGCUGAACGCGGCCGGCAAGGCGGGUGUCGGUGGCGGGGCGAAGCCUCAGCAGCAGCAGCAGCAGCACCAGCAACUGCGCCGCCGGCUGCUGGAUGCGGCCUCGCCAGCACCGCCCACUCCUCCGCAACGGAUGUUCCUGGGAGCUCAGCAGCAGCAGCAGCACCAUCACAAGACACCACCGCCGCCGCCGAGGCGAACCGAGUCACCGCCUGCUCCGGCAGGGAGCGGCGGCGGUGCCGAUAUUGAUGGACCGUUCGUGUUCGGUGUCCAUCAUCCGAACACCUUCACGCCGGCCUACGGCAAGGUGGCGACACUGUACGGCACCAACACGGCCGUCGGCGGCAAGGAUGCGAAGGAUACGGUUCCCACGUCCAGUCCCGUCUCGAGCCAGACCAGCAGUGAUAUUAGUUCUAGUGGAAAAUCACGUCGCGCCCUGGUGAAGGAACGGAAGAAGGCAUCGAAGCGGACGAAGAACGACAAAAAAGAAAAAUCAAAACCGUCGCUGGAGAAGCGGUUCUCGGAAGCGAAAGCGUCGCCGACCGUCAAGUGUGUUCUCGUCGGCGACGGUGCCGUCGGCAAGACGAACCUGAUCGUUUCCUACAUCCAGGAUCGGUUCAUCCACGAGUACGUGCCAACGGCGUUCGAUAAAUACAACGUGGAUGUAAGCGUCGACGGGAGACCGAUCUGCGUGACCCUCUGCGAUACGGCCGGCCAGGACGCGCUGGAUACGCUGCGGCAGCUCUGCUACCCCGGCUCGGACGUUAUCCUGCUCUGCUUCUCCGUCGUUCGGCCGGAAAGCUUCCGCUCGCUGGCGACCAAGUGGGAACCGGAAAUCAGCAAACUGAAGGGCGUCUCCGUCGUGCUGGUCGGGACGCAGUCCGAUCUGCGGAAUGACCAGGGUACCAUCACCAAGCUACAGGCACAAGGAGAGAAACCGAUACCGGUCUCCUCGGCGUGGGACUUUGCACGGAAAAUUGGCGCCAAAUAUGUGGAAACGUCGUCGCAUAAAAAGGAAGGCAUCAAGGAGGUGUUCGAUACGGCCAUCUGGGACGCGCUGCAAUCACAGGAGUUUAGCCAACGGAAGCGACCCCUCUGGAAGCGGUUAUGCUGCUUGACCUGCGGAUAACCGGAACAGCCGCCGCCGGCGCCCCGGAAACCCCCGGGUGUAUCAAGACUGUCAGCGCUCCGUGCGUCGCGGACCUGCCCGCGCAUGGCCGGAGCGAUGGAAACGUAACCUCAACAUACACAACACGCGCGGAAGAAAUAGAAACCGACGACAAUGAAUAGCUUUGCUUAGUGUUUAGUACAUUAGCCUGGUUAGCGUGUAACAUUUGUACAGCAAAAGGGCAAACACGCAAACGGCCGA